AUGGGUAAAGUCCUAUUCUUCAUCUUCGCCACCAUGCUUCUCGCCGGCAUAACCGCCAUCAUCAUCCACUCACAGCACCACCACGUACGCCACCACAAAGAUCCACCACGUGAUCUUGUAUCAAAUGUUACCCAAUUGCUCCGAUCCAACGGAUUCAACUUCAUUUCCACCCUCCUCCACAUCUCACCGGACCUUUUCCUCUCAUCACGGGAGUCCACCAUCUUCGCCAUUCCUGACUCCGCCAUGUCCAACCUCUCAAUACCUCCAUUCAUGACGAUACAACUCAUCACUUACCAUAUUUCCCCUUCCAAACUCACCAUUAAAGAUCUGCUCGAUAAACCCCUCAAUACCUGCAUCACCACCACGUUUCAACAACAAAAGAUAUCCAUCACUAAAAAAGACGAAAAGAAUCGAGUUCUUGAAAUCAACAACGUGUUGAUUACUCAUCCUGAUAUGUUUCUCCAGGGACCAGUCGCGAUUCAUGGCGUCAGUGGUCCUUUUGCUUCUUUCAAAUUUCAUCAACAAAUCACACAGUUGCCCAUUUGCAACGCGAAUCAAAGUGAUUUUUCACAUGGAAUUGUCGCUGCUAAAGUCAAUCUCACCAAGAACAAGGUUGAAUGGGGAAUAUUGGUCAAAUUCCUGAACUCAUCCGGGUUCGCCCCUUUCGCAAUUGGGUUGCACACUGUUCUUGAUGGGGUUUUCAAAGAGCAUCCAAAUUUGAAGUCACUGACGAUCUUUGCACCUCCGAUCAUCGAAGCGAUGGAUAUGCCUGAACCUUUACUGCAGAAAUUCGUGAAAUCUCAUAUAGUUCCGAAGAAGCAUUCUUUCAAACACUUGGCAUCCAUGCGGCAAGGAGCAUCACUCAAGACAUUAUGUCCAGGUACAGAAAUUCGAAUCACUGAAACUGUCAAGAAUCCUUCUGAGGAGUUGCUUUCUAUCAAUAGAGUGGAGAUAACUUCACCGGAUUUGUUCUCGUCCAAGAGUUUCGUUGUGCAUGGAAUCGCACGAGCAUUCCCCAUGUAUGAGGUUUCUACUGUGCCCCAGUAA